ACAAGAUGGCGGCGACGUGAGCGUGUCCCCGCAGCGGGGGGAGCUGCAGCGGGAGCCGCAGAACAAAGGCAGCGCGCGGACACGGGGAGGGAUGGAGGAGAGUUCUGGGAUGGGGCCUGGGGUCCAGGCAUGUCCUGCACCAUUGCCCUACUCAGACAUCUAUGGCAGCCCCAGUCAGAGCCCAGCAGCCAAACCAGAGAAAGAGCAGCUGUCUCCGGCCUUCUCGGCAGAGGACUGCAAGCACUCUGGCAGAACCAGCACAGGAGGGGGUGUCAACAGCAGCCCCAGUGAGGAGCCACGCCUUCCAAAGCGCCGGCCCCCCUCUUCUGGGAGACAAUUCCCUUGCUCCAGCUACGGCUGCCGCCUGGCUUUCCCCAGCCCCCGGGAACUUGCUCAGCAUCUGCACAGUCACUUGCAACCCACACAGUCCAUGGAAGGCAAACUGUUUCACUGCUCAGCCCCAGGCUGUGCAGAGACGUUCCCCAGCAUGCAGGAGCUGAUGGCCCACACCAAGCUGCACUACAAGCCCAACAGAUACUUCAAGUGUGAAAAUUGCCUUCUCCGCUUCCGGACUCACCGCUCCCUCUUCAAGCACCUACAUGUCUGCUCCGACCAGUCCCACAGCCCGGCCCCACCCCCAGCCCCACUGCCCCCAGCACUGGAGAAGGAGCUGCCUGAUGCUCAGAGACCAGCUGGCCCCAGCCCCGACAAGGCCCCGCUGCUCACGCCGCUGACCCUGCCCCCGGAUCCUCGUCCCAGGGCCCCAUUCCCGCUGCUGGAGGCCUCACUUUACAGCUCUGCUGCAUUGCCCUCAUACUCCAGCCAAGCCUCAAGCCCUGUACCUGCACCCUUCCUACCCUACCUGGGUCCCUCUCCCUAUGGGCUGGCCCCUGGCUCCGGUCCCCAGCGCCUCCGUCCCUUCCUGCCUGCCCAGGCCCAGAGUCUCCCUAGCUCUGGUCCUGGCUCCAGCUCCAACACUAAUGCAGCUGUCUGGAAAAAAAAUCAGGGUUCCAGCAGUAGCCCACGGAGGCCCCCUGGGAGCUCUGAGGGACCUACAGGCCAUUCUUCUACCAGCCGAAUUGUGUGGGAGCACACCAGGGGUCGCUACACCUGCAUGCAGUGCCCCUUCUCCACGGCUUCCAGACCCGCCAUGACCCUUCAUUUGGAGGACCAUCGCAAGACUCCACCCCCAGCCCCACCACACAGCCACCAUCACCCUCCACUCCCCCUCAGCUGGAGGCCCAGGGAAGCACAGUCUGGUCACUGGAGCCCACUCCUGGAUCAUCAAGUGGUCCUCCUUCCCUCAUCACUCAGUCACCCAGGGCCCAGGGCCCCCCAGCCUCAGGGGAGGACUGGGAUUUCUAAGGCUGGGAAACACUCUCCUGCCUCUCCCAGUAGCGUGAGGCCACCCUGUGAUGUGGAGUCACUCACUCUUAGGCAGACUUUGCAGGUGGCCUGACUUACUCCCCCCUUCCACCAUGGCUACAGAGAUGGACCACUCCCUCUACUCUCCACUCUGGGCCCUGGUGACUGCAGGGGGUGGGGAGGUAGAAGACUAUUUUUAUAAUUAACUUAAUGUUGCUUUGGAACUUGUGGGUCAUCGGGUCCAGUUGUCCUGGCUUGGCCCAGGAUCAGCUGGGGGUGGAGAUAAUAAAACAGUUGUAUAGGA